CAUGUACCGGGUCGGAGAUUAUGUCUACUUUGAAAAUUCUUCAAGUAACCCAUAUUUGAUACGAAGAAUAGAAGAGCUCAAUAAGACUGCCAAUGGAAAUGUGGAAGCAAAGGUGGUAUGUUUCUACAGAAGAAGAGACAUAUCAAGUACACUUAUCGUAUUGGCAGACAAACAUGCAAGAGAAAUGGAAGAAGAGAUGGAAAAUCCAGAAAUGGUUGAUUUACCAGAGAAACAGAAGCAUCAGCUACGACACCGUGAGUUGUUUCUCUCACGACAGCUGGAAUCUCUGCCAGCCACACAUAUUAGAGGCAAAUGCAGCGUUACUCUGUUAAAUGAGACAGAAUCCCUUAAAUCAUAUCUGGAACGGGAGGAUUUCUUCUUUUAUUCACUGGUAUACGAUCCUCAACAAAAGACCCUACUCGCUGAUAAAGGAGAGAUUCGAGUCGGAAACAGAUACCAGGCAGAUAUAACAGACUUACUAAAAGAGGGUGAGGAUGAUGGAAGAGAUCAGUCAAAACUUGAAACAAAAGUUUGGGAAGCCUUUAACCCACUAGUAGACAAGCAGAUAGACCAGUUCCUGGUGGUAGCACGGUCUGUUGGUACGUUUGCCCGAGCACUAGAUUGCAGUAGUUCUGUCAGACAGCCAAGUUUGCACAUGAGUGCUGCAGCAGCCUCUAGGGACAUCACACUGUUCCAUGCUAUGGACACUUUGCACAAAAAUGUCUAUGACAUUUCCAAGGCAAUCUCUGCACUUGUGCCACAAGGUGGGCCAGUCCUGUGCAGAGAUGAGAUGGAAGAGUGGUCUGCUUCAGAGGCAAACCUCUUUGAGGAAGCACUAGAAAAAUACGGAAAAGAUUUCACUGACAUUCAGCAAGAUUUUCUCCCAUGGAAGUCCUUAACAAGCAUAAUAGAGUAUUACUAUAUGUGGAAAACUACAGACAGAUACGUUCAGCAGAAACGAUUGAAAGCAGCGGAAGCAGAAAGCAAGCUAAAACAAGUGUAUAUACCCAACUAUAACAAGCCAAACCCCAACCAGAUCAAUGUAAAUAAUGUCAAACCAGGAGUGGUAAACGGUACUGGAGUACAGGCACAGAACACAGGAGCAGGACGGGCCUGUGAAAGCUGUUACACCACACAGUCUUACCAGUGGUAUUCUUGGGGUCCCCCUAACAUGCAGUGUCGCCUCUGUGCAUCCUGUUGGACAUACUGGAAGAAAUACGGUGGCUUGAAAAUGCCAACACGGUUAGAUGGGGAGAGACCAGGACCGAACCGCAAUAAUUUGAGUCCUCAUGGUGUGCCAGUACGAAACAGUGGGAGUCCCAAGUUUGCUAUGAAGACACGACAAGCUUUCUAUCUGCAUACAACAAAACUGACAAGAAUUGCCAGACGUUUAUGUCGAGAUAUCUUGCGCCCUUGGCAUGCUGCAAGACAUCCCUAUCUGCCUAUUAACAGCGCAGCAAUCAAAGCAGAAUGCACAGCACGUUUACCUGAGGCGUCAGAAAACCCAUUGCUUUUAAAGCAAGUGGUUCGAAAGCCUUUAGAAGCAGUACUGCGGUAUUUAGAGUCUCAUCCGUGUCCUCCGAAACCAGAUCCUGCAAAGAGCUUGUCCAGUUCUCUCAACAAUCUGACUCCUGCUAAGUUUACGCCUGUCAUUAAUAAUGGGUCCCCAACUAUCCUGGGAAAAAGAAGUUAUGAACAACACAAUGGAAUGGAUGGCAACAUGAAGAAGCGCCUGUUGAUGCCUAGCAGGGGUCUGCCUAACCACGGACAAACCAGACAAAUGGGACCAAGCCGAAACUUGCUGCUCAAUGGGAAAUCAUACCCAACAAAAGUCCGAUUAAUUCGUGGUGGAUCCAUGCCUCCAGUGAAAAGGAGGAGGAUGAACUGGAUUGAUGCACCAGAUGAUGUUUUUUACAUGGCCACUGAAGAAACCAGGAAAAUCCGCAAGCUGCUUUCCUCCUCUGAAGCCAAGCGAGCCGCCAGACGCCCUUACAAGCCUAUUAUCCUCCGGCCCAUCCAGGCAGUGCAGCUACGCCAGCCCAUGAAUGAUGAACCCAUAAUCAUUGAGGAUUAA